AUGGUAAGUAAGGUUUAGUUUAGCUUGAAUUUAUGCUUGUUCGGCUCUAAAUUGAAAUUUCAAAACAAGCCUAAUUUAAGCCUAAGCCCUAGCCUAAGCUCUAGUCUAAGCCCUAGCCUAAGCCCUAGCAUAAGCCUUAGCCUAAGCUCUAGUCUAAGCCCUAGCCUAAGCCUAAGCCUAAGCCCUAGCCCUUGAGCUUGUUAUUCAUUUUUAAAUAUAUUAUCUUAACCUUUCAGGUAUCUCAAUUAGCCAUUGUUUCUAUCGUUCUUUUGACCGGAGUUUGCGCGUGAGUUUAAGUUCUUAUUUACUAGCUUUAAAGACGUGUCUUUAGGUCUAAAACAAUAUAUAUAUAUAUAUCUAACAUAAUAUCCUUGAUUUUACUUUAAUAUUGAAGUUUUAACUUUUUUACCUAUUAUAUGAGGAUGUUCAAAAAGUUCUGAGCCACUUAACCCUAUAAAAUUUGCUUUAAAAGUGGCUCAAAACUUUUUGAACAAAACGUAAAAAUCGAAGCCUUGUCUUCAUAGCCAAUUUAAUAAUUUCAGCGUGCCCUACCGCCAAUACCCCUACCCAAACCAAUACCCAUACCCCCAACAAUACCCCCAUCAAUACCCACAGCAACAACACCACCACCACCAGCCACAACAAACAGCCUACGGCGGUCAACCACGCCCUCAACCCAACUACCCAGCCAACUACCAAGGUGGCAGCGGCUACAGUGGCUAUAACCAGAAACCCGUCUACAAUGGCAACCAAGCCCCAUACAAACCCAAUGGAGGUAACGGUGGUAAUGGAUAUCAGAACAAUGGAGGUCAAGGCGGAUAUCAACCUUACACUCAAGCUCCUUAUGAUUGUUAA